AUGAUCACGAGGUCUUGUGGGAGUUCACCCGCAAAAUUAGAUCCCGAGAUUGAAGCUAGUUUCCGAAGAAACAACGCAAAUCGGAGACUACAACAACGACUGAGAGGCGGGAUGGAGGAACAAGGUGAAGAGAGGUAUAGACAACUUGAAGCACAACUGGCGGAACUACAACGCCAGCUAGCUGAGCAAAAGGAUCAACAGGAGACUGAAAAACCGAAUUCUUGCCGCCUUCACGACCUCGUCCGAACGCCGCCCUUCACGACCUCACGACCUCGACCUCGACCGAACAUUUUCACGACCUCGACCGAACGUCUUCACGACCUCGAUCGAACGCCGUCCGAAAGACGGAAGACCUCGCCGGAAUCUGAAAUCAGCGCUGCCCUUCACGACCUCGACCGAACGCCGUCCAAAAGACCUCACCGUAAUCUGAAAUCAGAUAAGUGGUCAUAUUGUUUUUUUCAUCAGGUCAACCCAGGAGACAUUACUUAUGACUGGAUGGAGUACUUUCGUUACCUCGAAGAGAUUAGUAACUGUGUUCAGUUUCUUCCUUGGAGAUCGUGGGAAGUAUCUGGACAGUGCUGUAACCCAACUUUCAUGCACUCAAUAGUCCUUCCUGAACUUGAUAUGAUCGACAAAAUCGGCAAAAUAUGUAUUGCUGCCAGAGGAGAUGGCGUCCACAACAAACCAAAUGAUAGUAGAGACCUGAAAUUGGACUACUCUAUUGGCGGACACAUAGCUUCAGUAUCCUCUGUGGCCUUUUCCAUGUUUCGGGAGAAAGGAAAGCUUGUGAUUUCAGGCGGGAAUGAUAUAUCAGUGAAGGUUUGGGAUUGGUCGAAAGCUUUUGAUCUGGCUAGCAAUGAUUGUGGUGAGCCUCUCGUGUGUUCAAACAUCAGUCUGAGGAGAAAGGGCUACAUUGAGUUAUGA